AUGCCCUGUUGCCUCUUCACAGCAGCCGCUAUUACGUUCGAGUUCCAAAGACUCGUGGUCGACGCCGGAGCGGCCGCUGCCAAGGCUCACCACGGAUCACGGCCGAUAGCGGCGCUGAAAACGAGCGAUGACCCAGGAGGCGGAGGCGGGGAUCGAACCCGGCUGGCCGACGAGACGGGUGGGUGGGCAUCGCGGGUUCCGGAGUAG